AUGGAGAAUGAUGGACCAGCAGAUUCAGUAAAGGAGAUGGACGAAAAGGAGCAGCCUGCUGGGAUUGCUGUCGUUGACGAUAGCAUGCAAACGACACACGCCAUGGCUCAUCCGACCGGUGAAGCUUCGCUAGACGCUCUCGGCGUGAACAUUCUCGACCAAGAUAUCCUCGAGCAUAAUAUCGCCAUCGCAGCCGAUGCAGAACUUACCAAGAGAGAGAACGAGGCCGACAAGAAACGUUUGGAGAAAACUCAGAAGGACAAGGCGAAGCUCCAAGACAAGAUUGCUCAGUUAAACGACCGGAUAAAUGCACACAAUGCGACACUUACGCAAAAGCAACAACUUCGAAUACAGGUACGGGAGGUCGAAGAGCAGAUAGAAGCAUUGGAUCGGGACCUGGUGGAUAUUCGAGGACGAAUUGAUGAGCGUGAUGCAAAGCAAGACGAUGCUGCGGAUCAGCGACUUUCGACGGAAACUGAACGAGAGUACCUCAUCCGUACCGGCAAAAUCACUCCGUUUGCUGCCGUUCCAGGGUUGGAGCAGCAGCGAAGUGAGGUUGGCCCGGGAGCGAUGUCGCACCAGAACCUACGCAUGCCCGGGUUCGCUACCGAUUCGGCCGAUGUCAGUGAGGUGGAGUCUCUAAUGGAACGGGCAACACCACGGAAGAAGCGAAGGUUGAUUCGGAAAGCGAGUAUUGAAGACGUGGAUGUCGAUGUCGGAGAUGACGACGAGGACGCGUAUGCGCCUUCUGAUUUCGAGGGGUCGGUGGAGGACGAUGACGAAAUUGAUGCAUUCAUUGAUGGUGAUCAGGAGGGACGUGAAGCGAAGUCCCGGAAGCGCAAGCCGAAAGACAAGGAACCUGCCAAGACUGAGGACUUGAGCACCGUCGACGAUGGUAAUGAAAUUACUUAUCAAGAACGCUUGGAAGGCUGGGUUCGGAAACGCUCAUCAGCACGUCGUAAGGCGCAUCCAGACGAACCUCCACCAGAGGGCGAGGACGAGUGGCACCUUCCACAUCCGAAAAUACCCGACUUCACAUUGAAUGGUGGGUACAGAUUACCAGGCGACAUCUACCCUUCCCUGUUCGAUUACCAGAAGACUUGCGUUCAGUGGCUUUGGGAAUUGCACACUCAAGGUGCAGGCGGCAUCAUCGGCGACGAAAUGGGUCUCGGCAAGACCGUGCAAAUGAUCUCCUUCCUCGCAGGUUUACAUUACUCCGGGAAGCUGAAUAAACCUAUCCUGGUGGUAUGUCCAGCAACCGUGAUGAAAAUGUGGUGUAACGAGUUUCGUCGGUGGUGGCCGCCUCUACGAGUUUGUAUCCUUCAUGGGAGUGGAAGUGGGAUGUUGAAUGUACGGGAGGAGGAAACGAUGGAGAAAGCGCUCGAGAAGGAACAUCCGAGAAAGGGUGGACCAGGCGCGAAGCUGAAGGCUGGUGCGAGGAACAUGGUUCGACGUGUUUUUGCGUCUGGGCAUGUAAUCAUUACCACGUAUGCUGGUCUUCAUUCGUAUGGUGACUUGCUGCUUGGUGAGGAGUGGGAUUACUGUGUCCUAGAUGAGGGUCACAAAAUCAGAAACCCUGAUGCAGAGAUUUCCUUGGCGUGUAAGCAGGUGAAGACCGUCCACCGAAUCAUUCUCUCCGGAACGCCGAUCCAGAAUAGCUUGAAUGAGUUGUGGAGUUUGUUUGACUUUGUCUUUCCAGGGCGGCUAGGGACUCUCCCGGUGUUUCAGCAACAAUUCGCUAUUCCCAUCAAUAUGGGUGGCUAUGCAAAUGCGACGAACGUGCAAGUUCAGACUGCGUACAAAUGUGCCUGCGUGUUGAGGGACCUCAUCAACCCAUAUCUCUUGCGGAGAAUGAAGGUUGACGUCGCUGCCGAUUUACCAAAGCGAACGGAGCAGGUCCUGUUCUGCAAACUUACGGCUUCACAGCGUACGGCUUACGAAGAAUUCAUCGGCGGAAACGACAUGGAAUCGAUCUUUCAGGGUAGGAGGCAGGUUCUCUACGGUGUCGACAUUCUUCGGAAGAUUUGUAAUCAUCCCGAUUUAGCUUCUCGUGAUACGCUCGAACAUAAACCGGGGUAUGACUACGGUGAUCCUAAGAAAUCUGGAAAGAUGCAGGUUGUCAAGGCUACAUUGGAGCUGUUCAGGUCGCAGGGUCACCGGACUUUGCUGUUUUCGCAGACUCGGCAGAUGUUGGACAUCCUGGAGAAGUUUGUCAAGAAGUUGGAUGGGAUCAACUAUCUUCGGAUGGAUGGUAACACUCCCGUGCAGAGGAGACAGGCGCUUGUCGAUCAGUACAACGAGAACCCAAACAUUGAUGUGUUCUUGUUGACGACUAAGGUAGGUGGUCUGGGUAUCAACCUGACUGGUGCCAACCGUGUCAUUAUCUACGAUCCGGACUGGAAUCCCUCCACCGAUGCUCAAGCCCGUGAACGUGCAUGGCGUCUCGGACAAAAACGUGAAGUCAUCAUCUUCCGCCUCAUGACCUCCGGUACGAUCGAGGAGAAAAUCUAUCAUCGUCAGAUCUUCAAGCAGUUCUUGACAAACAAGAUUCUACGUGACCCAAAACAGCGACGGUUCUUCAAAUCUAAUGACUUGCAUGAUCUGUUUUCGUUGGGAUCGGCGGAGGAGAAGACCACCGAGACGGGCGACUUGUUUGCUGGUACUGAGGUGCAGUUGAAGCGAACGAAGAAGAAGAAGAGGGAUAGGGAGGCCGAGGAACUCAAAAAGCUGGAUGAUGUUGCCGGACUGGAACAAUACCAGAACGAAGAAGAAAGGGAUGCAGAGAAGGGCGACGACGAUUCCCGAACACUCGAAGGCCUCCUCGCUGGAGCCGGCGUACAGUCCGCCCUCCACCAUGAAAAGAUCAUGGACGCAGCAAGACCCGAAGCUGUCCUCGUAGAUCGUGAGGCUACGCGAGUCGCCGAAGCUGCCGCACGCGCAUUGCGGGAGUCUCGUCGUCAGGCACAGAGAGCGGAGCUCGGCACACCGACAUGGACUGGGAGGUCCGGAGGUUUCACCCGCGGGUCAGGUGCGAACACACCCAAUACUCCCAGGUUUGGUGCGGCGAGUGGUGGGGGUGGGGCGAGGUUUGGGCCAGCGGCGGCUCCUAAUGGUGAAGGGCGGUUCGGUGCUGCUGCGAACGGCGUGCGGGCUGCGGCUACCCCACCCGCAAACUCCCAAAACCUCCUCGCCGGCCUCCGCCAACGCCAAGACCUCGAAAACGAAGAUGCAAACGGCGGUGGAGAAGAACUCGACAAACUCUCCGACGAAGGUCGUCUCCACCUCAUCAAGCGCCUCCAAGAAUUCAUCCUCGAAGCAGGCGGGAAAGCCACGUCUGGCGAGAUUGUGAGGAACUUCAAGAUCAAGGUUUCGGGACAGCAGCAGGUUGUGGAGUUUAGGAAGAUGUUGAAGAGUAUUGCGGAGUUUAGGGAGGGGGCGUGGGUUUUGAAGGAGGAGUUCCGUUGA